GCUCCUUCCCUCGAGUCUUGGCUGCAUGCUCCCCACUCCUGUGAGAGAAAACGCCCGCCGCAACUUUUUUCACGGCGCCUGGAUUCGAGGGACGGCGCUCCUGGGCGGGAGGCGCGUGUUGCCCGCGCCUGACGGUCUGGCCGCCCAGACCAUGCGCCUCCCCCUGCAGCCGAGGGCGUAGGGUUACAGCGUGCACCGAUGCAGAGGGCCGAUCCGCUCCUCUCUCCUUCGACCGUGGGCCCCCGACGGAGACGGGGGCCGCCGAGGGCCCCCCCCUCCCGGGGCAUCGAAUUGGGUGCAGGCGUUCUCCUGACGCCCCUGCGGGCGGAGGCAGGGCUCGGGGGGCGACGACAGCAGCAGUGCCACGUCGGUCUGCUGAAGAAUUGCACCGACCUUUCGCAUAAAAAGCGACCGAGCACCACGCACAGCUUGAAGGACGACGCGCGUGCCACUGAUGUUUGUUACCCCCCCCCGAAGAGGACAGGAAAUAACAGCACAAGCAUAAACGUUCGGAGGCCCGCCUGGACUUCCGAAAGCUUCCGUUCUUGCAAGUGCUUCUCUUUCGACGAAGAGGCCGAGUCUGCGCACAGGACGGCCCCGUGAUGGCUCGGCACGCCUGGCCCCCUCCCGAGGGGGGCGCGAAGCGCACCCCCGCUGCAAUCACGCGGCGCCGAAAGCGUGCCCUGGCCUGGGC